AUGUCGGAUUGUUUUACAGCUCCGUGUAAUACCAUUGAUGUGUAUACGGUUCAGACAACCACCCUCUUGGCAAUCUUUGACUUUACAGCCUGGAUCAAGAUUGGCAUGGCUAUACGAAUUGCCCAGGACUUGCAGAUGGCUUCCGAGCAUGAUGCCACGGCUCAUCCCAGUCAAAAGGAACAAUUUCGGCGGUAUUUUUGGUCGCUCUCCUUACUGGAUCGUCUCUGCUCAUGCGGUUGCUACAGACCUUCGGCCAUUCUGGACGCCUCGUGCCAUCUCCGACUCCCCUCACACGGGGAAGCUUGGAGAUCGGGCCAGGAAGAACAGACAUCUACACUGUCAAAAGUCAACACAGAGCCCUGCGUGCUUUCCGACGACGCUCUGAGCCCCUUUGCAAACGUCAUCAUUAUGGGAGGCGUCUUGGCAGAAGCAGCACAGUAUAUGCUACAAGACAUGGAUGCGCGUGCUCACUACCCGCCUUGGGACGUCAACUCGGAUUUCACUUCUAUUCAGUCAGGCCUGGUCUUUCUAGAGACGCAGCUACAGGUUAGGAGACUACUAGCGGAUACAGUUAACCCGUCCUCUUCAGCCGACAACACGGUGAAUCAAGCCGCUGUGUCGCAUGACAUAUAUGCCCAGAUCCUUUUCCAUCUUUGCAAUUGCCUUCUUAACCACCCCUUCUUACUUCGCAGGCGGUUAGAGAUAGUCAAGUGUGCUGGACCUUUAAGUUUCCUCCACAGGUGUUUCAAGCUGGCUUGGACCCACGCACAGCAACUCUGCUAA